AUGUUUAGUGGUCGGUGCUUUAAAGAGAAUUGCCAAAAUAAGCUCUGUGCAAAAUGUGAUUGUGAAGAAAAGGUUUUACUUUGCAAGGAGCAUAUUAUAGAACAUGUUUUAAAGCCUUCUUCCAAAAGACAUCAAUGCAUACAGCUCUAUUUCAGACCAUCAGAAGAAACUAGGCAUCUAGUUAUUCAAAAACUUAGAGAACUCAAAAAAGAUAUUCAAGCUUAUAAAAAAGAAGAGACAGCUAAUACAGGUGAAAUUAUAAAAAACCUAAAAGUUGCCUUUUGGAAACAUCUAGAAAAAAUCAAUGAGAUUGAAAUGAGAUGCAGCAAAAUGAUUGAAGGGCUUCUUAAUGAAGAAGAGUUUUUAGACGUUGCAAAUGAAGAUGAUAUGGAAAGUGUGCUCAAACUUGAUGCUCAGAAAGCAAGCAUAAAAAUGAUAGGAUGAAAUGUUAAUUGCUGCCGUUUGGAUUAUAAAGAAAUUCAGGCAAAUAUAACCAAAACUUAUGAAAUUCCUUUUAAUCCUUUAACUCCUUUUGGAGGAGCUGUUGAAGAUGAAAUUGAAUCAAACGAAUUAUCAUUUUUUAGAAGCAAUACUUCUAAUUUUUCUACUAUAAACUUGGAUAGCUUCCAAAUUUCCUCUACAACCACGCUUACAACUCAAGAAACAAUUCAAUAUUACAUUUCAUGUUGCAUACUCCCUGACAAAACUUAUUUUUAUUGCAAUCCAAACUCAGGCUCUGGAAUAACUUUUACAAUUGACAAGAAUAGAAACGUCAAACAAUUGCAAAAAUCAAAAAGCAUCUCAUAUCUUGAUCCUAUUUUUUACAAUAACUAUAUAUACUUACUAGGAGGAAAUAAUAAAGUAGCUGAAAGAUACGAUUUUAAGCAAAAUCUCUGACAAAGCAUUUCUCCGCCACCUCAAGACUUGAAUUAUAAUUAUGGUUGUAAUGCAUUAUUUGGAGAUUCAAUUCUUAUAACUGGUAAGUAUCUCCAAAAAAUUAUAUAUAAUACAAAAGAUUUUAAAAACAUUGAUAAAUAUUUUAUAAAGGAAAAUUGAUUUCUGCUUGCUUAGCUUGGCCAGAAAACCAUAUUUUGGUUAUCCAAAAUAUUUGUGGGCUAAAUUUUAAAAUACUUUUUGAGUAUAUAUAAUGUAUAAGUUACAGUAUUACUCAAAAUAAUUAUAAAGAUGUUCCUCGUUUAUUGCUUAAUAGUAGCUAUAAAUCUAUGUUGAGAGGAAACAAUAGAAUCUAUUUAUUUGAAAGAGGAGAGAGGAUUUUUGAAAGCUUCGAAAAUGAUAUUUCAAAUUGGGCACAUAUUGGUAAUAACACUUUGCCGGGUAAUUCUCAUCGUCAAUCAGUUGUGGUCCGCUAUAAGGGCAACCUUUAUUUCGUCGAUUUUGACAGCCAAAUAUGGAAAUUUGAUCUAUCUACAAAGCAAGCAUCUCAGGUAAAAUCUGUUUAA